AUGUCAUCCGUAAAAACAAAAAGCGAUACAGAAUCGGUAUCAGAUUCAGAUAACAAGAAACCAAAACAUCGACACAACCCCUCGCCUGCAGAAAUACAACGAAAACAAUUGGAAAGGUUGCUUCAGCGUGGUGACAAACCAAUAGUAAUUCCGGAAAUUCAGGAUAAACCGAAGCUAAAAGCCCCAAAAGACAUUGUACGCAAUGUGCAAGGAUCGAGUGCUGGCGCCGGAAGUGGUGAAUUCCACGUUUACCGAGCACAUCGGCGACGAGAAUAUACGAGACUAAAAAUAAUGGAAGAAGACUCGAAAAAGGAGGACGAAAGACGAGGGUUUGAGACCAGAAUGUUGGAACUAAAAAAACUCGAGGAGGAAAAGACAGCAAAGAAACGAGCAAAAAGACAAAAACGUAAACAAAAGAAGCACGACCGUGAGAAGAAACAAAAAACCGAAAGCGAUGCAGAUGCAUCUGAUAAAGAUGAGCACGAUACAUCAUAA